CUGAAUCCUUCAAAUGCAAAAACUUAGAGCUUCCCUCUCUCUGCUUUCUCAGCAUCCAGCAUCAAGCAAAGCUACUCUUUCUGCCACUCAGCUACUCAUCUACUUUCACCACCAAGUCCUCAAAAAAGACUAUUCCCAUUCUUACUACUUCCAUGUUUGCAUCUUCUUAUCUUUCACCAUCUGGGUCUUCCAUAUUCCUCUGGCUUCUACUUCUAGUGGAAAGCUUUUGCUUAUUGACAACACAUAUCCAGUCUAGAAGCAUGCUAGUCAUUGUUUCUGGUAUCAACUAGCAAAAAACUUACCAAUAAGCUUACUCAGAAAUCAAAUGUGCUAGCAGAUCACUUCCACACUGUAUAAGACUAUUGCUUGUCCUUGUAGUCCCUAUUGACAGCAUUGUAAAAGAUGGAGAAUGGUUGGAGCUGGGAGCAGAAGACACUGAUUAGUGAACUAAUUCAAGGAAUGGAACUAGCAAAACAGUUAAGGGUACAAUUUAGUGGUACAUCUUCAUCACCUGAGACCACGGAUACGUUGUUACAGAGGAUACUAAAUUCAUACGAGAAGGCUCUUUUGAUUCUGAGAUGGAGUGGGCCAGUGGGACAGUCCCAUACUAUGGGAGUAACAGCUGGUGUGCCAGGGUCUCCAAUUUCUGUCAAUGGAAGUCCUGGGAGCGAUGAAUUUGAGAAGGGUCUUAAGGAUCAACAGGAACUUAAUGAUGUCUCAAAGAAAAGAAAGAUAUUGCCUAGAUGGACAGACCAAGUGAGGGUGAACUCUGAGACAGGGUUGGAAGGACCUCAUGAUGAUGGCUAUAGUUGGAGAAAAUAUGGUCAGAAGGACAUCCUAGGAGCCAAAUAUCCUAGAAGCUAUUACAGAUGCACCUUUCGUAUCACUCAAAACUGCUGGGCAACAAAACAAGUUCAAAGAUCAGAUGAAGACCCCAACUUAUUCGAAAUCACAUACCGAGGAAGGCACACCUGUUCCCACGCUACCAAUUUGAUUCCAGCACCAUCAUCACCAGAAAAACAAGAACAGAAACACAACAACAACAGCAACUACAACAACAAUGAUAAUCAACAAAAGCAAUCACUAGAAAUACUCUCAACAAUUCGAAACAAUUUGAGGGUUGCUACCGAGAACUUGGACAAUAGAGAGAUGGCACAUCCAUUCUCUUUUCCUUCAACUUCAUUUGGAUGCAUGAAGAGUGAAAACAGUCACUUUUCACUUUCAGAACUUGACAAUAGCGCUCUCUUGGGUGGUUUUCCUCAGCCAUUUUUGUCUCAGACUAGCCCUGAAUCAAACUACUUCAUGGCUUCCCCAUUUCAAGUGAGCAACUUUGGAGGGGUUCACAUGCAACAUUCAGAAUCUGAGAUAAUCUCAGCACACACUUCAGCCACCAAUUCUCCAAUUCUAGACAUAGACUUCUCACUUGAUCCAGUGGAAAUUGAUCCUAAUUUCCCAUUUGACACCCCAGGGUUUUUCUCUUAAUUCCACAUUGGGUCUAAAAUAAGAAUAAGAACGGCAUUUGGGAUGCAAUUUACAAAUUAGCUGGUUAAACCUGUUGAAUGUAGCUUGUAUUAUAAAGAGGAAGAGAGUGUUGUAGAAUAUAUAAGAUCCUCUCAUUUUUGCCAUGA